UAUCGGACAUGACGGUAUACCAUUUAUCUUUAUAUAGGUGGAACCCGCAUUCAGACAGGACGUACCUUUUCUGCUUGCUAGUACAGGCCCCCCACGGUGGUUUCUUUGUUGUGGCCGCAAAUCGAUCGAGGGUCCCGGAGAGGGUACAUUUUUCCCAAGGUAGAUCUUCGCAACCAUGUCUCUUCAGGUCAAUUUCCAACUUUUUUUUUAUUUUUCGUGUUUCAAAGAUACACAUUCGUUUGUACUUUUUCAGUUGCCAAUAAUCCAGCAUAAUGUCGCCAAUCACUACUGUUACCACGGUCGCUAAACAUAUUCUUUUCACGAGUUUGUUGAUAUCGCCUUCCAGCCUUGCUUCGCCCGUGGGAUUUACCGAUGGAUCUGUCAGCGAUGAGGCGCUGCGGACAUUGGAGGAGCGCCAGCAGAGUGUGAUAGUGACACUUGGUGCCGCCAAUUUUGGCGACAAUAAUGCACAUCCACGUUUGGAAGUUCGGGAGCUGGAGAGAAACACGGAUCAGUGGAACCUGUUCCUCCUCGGAUUGAGGAGAUUCCAGAACACAGACCAACGGGAUAAGCUCAGUUACUACCAGAUCUCCGGUAUACAUGGACGUCCAUACGUGACUUGGGACGGUGUGGGCCAAGGACAGGGCGCUUCGGGAGGCGGUUACUGCCCACAUGGAUCGAAUCUUUUUACGACAUGGCACCGACCGUAUCUGGCGCUUUUUGAGCAGAUCCUGUAUCUCAAUGCUCGUCAGGUGAUCUCCGAGCUGGACGACGGUGACGUGAAGGAUGGGUACGAAACAGCGCUGACAACGCUCCGUCUCCCAUACUGGGACUGGGCGGCUGUACCACCCGAUGGCGAAGGUUCAUUCCCUCUCAGUGCGCAACGGAGAACAGUCACUGUUGCUCUGCCGAACGGCACAGCGACAUUCGACAAUCCUUUAUUGACAUACAGAUUUCAUCCACUCGUUAGGGAAGAUUUUGCCUCUGCACCAUGGACAACUUACACACAGACUGUCAGGAACCCCAGUUCCAGCAGUGGCAAUGCCGCAAGCCGAAAUGAUCUCGUGGCCAUGGAUCUUGACGACAACCGUAGGAACAUGCAGUCUCGCGUUUAUGACAUGCUCUCGCUAGAGCACGACUUUACUUCGAUCAGUAAUUACUUGCAGCCUGGUGACAGUUUCGAGUCUCUGCAUGACACGAUCCACAACACCGUCGGCGGCGGUGGCCACAUGUCCGAAAUUGCCAUGGCUGCUUUCGAUCCUAUCUUCUGGCUCCAUCAUGCGAACGUGGAUCGUCUGUUCGCCAUCUGGGAGGCACUCAACCCGAAUAGUUAUGUUCGAGGGAUGGAGAAUACAUUCGCAACCUGGACCUAUCCGGGAGGCAGUUUUGCUGACGCGAAUACUGCACUGACGCCAUUCCGUAAGGACGACCAAGGCAACUUCUGGUCCUCAUCCGAUGUCCGCUGGAUCACCACCCUAGGCUACACCUACCCUGAGUUCAAUGACCUCACUGACGGCGCCGCCACCCUCGUCAGCCGUGUGAACUCCCUCUACGGGCCUCGUGCAACAUCCCAACUUGGCAACUUCAAGGCCCGCGCGGUUUCCGUACCCCUCCACACCCGCGAGGACAACAAGGGUGUCGCCGGUGCAGCAGCCUUCUCCUACAACCGCAAGUACGACCUCAACAUCAAGGCCCGCAAGUUCGGCUUCGACGGCUCCAUCACCGUUUACGUCUUCCUUGGCGAUGCACCGUCCAGUGGUUCCGACACAUGGGCGAAGGAACCCUCGUUCCUCGGUAUGGCCGGCAUCCUCUCACAGAAGGGAAGCUCCGACAAGCAACAACCGAACGUUGACGCUCACUGUGUGGUGCCGCUCACCGCUGCCCUGGAAUCGAAAGCCCACAGCAAGGAGCUCAGUAGCUUCAAGGAGAAGGACGUCGAGGAGUAUCUGAAGAAGAACCUGAAGUGGCGUGUCAUUUCCGCAAACGGCGACCAAGUCUCGACGAAAGACGUCCCGGGCUUCCAGGUCAGUGUUGCAUGGCAGGACAUUCAGCCCUCGAACUCCACAACAGAGUUCCCGAAGCUUAAGGGCGAUUACAAGACACUGAAGAACUCUACUGGUGAAAACUUGUAGGGCAUCCCUUCUCGAUGUCGUAGUUGCCGAAAGCUUCUGCAGAGCAUGCGUGUGAGAGAAUGUGAGAUAGGAGUGGAGUUUUGGGGAGGGGAUGAUAAUUAAUUGGAUAAACAUAACGACAAAACCACAACUAUCAUAAU